GUCACAGAGAGAACCGUUCCCUUAAAUGCAGCUGCAGUACUUUGGUGUGAUACCUGUCAGAAUCAUUCACAGUGCGAGCUUGGGUUUGUAACCAUGAUGCCAAGAUUGGUGCUUCUCCUUUUCUGUGGAUAUAUUGCAGUAAACCUGGGAAGUACUCAGAAAUUGCCCAGAGUGAAAAGACAGAGUCUGAAAAUUCAGAUCAAUGCAACAGAUGACACUGUUUGCAUGAGGUAUCUUCGACCAAGCCAAAACACCAAACUUGAAGGUUUUGUCCUGGGUUAUGGAAGCAGCUUCUUCUCUAAUCAGUACAUUCCUUUACCUUCGGAAGGAAACACCUACAUAAAUGAACUUGACGCAGAGCCACGGUAUUUGGUUUCAGUGAGACCAGCACGUGUUUCAAACAACAAGAAAUCUUGUUCAGGUCGGAACAAGAAUCAGAAGCCUCUGCAGCUGGUAGUUGGCACUCUCACCCCAACUUCUGUGUUCCUCUCUUGGGGCAUCCUAGUCAAUCCUCAGCAUGACUGGACAGCAACAAGUAACUGUGCUAGCGACAGGUUCUACACGGUUCGCUACAGAGAAAAGGAUAAAGAAAAGAAAUGGGUUUUUCAGCUUUGCCCAGUUACAGAAACAGUGGUGGACAAUCUGAAGCCAAACACACUUUAUGAAUUUGGAGUUAAAGACAACAUGGAGGAUAGCAUCUGGAGCAAGACUUUCAAUCAUAAGACAGUUCUGUCUAAUAAAAAAGUAAAUGGACAACUCCAGAAUAUGUACAAAUUGGUACCUAGUACACAGUCACAGCUUACGCUAAGAGAUAAUAAGAAGUUGGUCCCUGUUACAAUAAUCAAACAAGUUAUUCAGAAUCGGACACAGUCAAAAACUUCAGAUAGUUCUUCUCUGCCGGGAGCAAUACUAGUGCAUCUUAUUGUUCCAGGUCUCAAUGAAACUCAGCAAAAGCUUCUUCCUCCUCUGUCAAUAGAUGACAUAACUCAAGUAUCCAGAAAAAAACUGGGUAAGAAUGAAACUCAAGUAUGGCCUGCUGAAUCCAAAACACCAGAAGUUCAAGAAAUCUCGCCUCAGUCCCUUCCAGCUCAGGCUGAGAAAAAACACGGACCUAAGGAAUUUAAAUCAACGCCUAAACCUGAAUUGCAAACUCAAAACAUAUUGGCUUCUAAUGAAAUACAUCCACUUCCUUCUGGAACCAGAAUCUUUGAUGCUCCAAAAAGUCCAUUGACAGAACUUGCUACUCAGAGUCCAACCUUGAAAUCUGUAUCUCUACCUUCAGCAGAUACCAGAGAGAUGGAGAUAGCUUUUGAUGAAAAGCAGCCUAUUUCAUCAAGAUCCAAAACAUCUGGUACCACAGAAGUGCAACCCACAAUAUCUGCUUCACGUGGCUUUCCUCAUGUUACUUCUACUCCUCAAACUUUUACAGCUUCAGAAAUAACAGACACUGCUGGAUUUACUGCUGAUUUGGAGAUAACCAUGCCUAUAAUUACCACAGAACCUCAUUUGUUAGAAACAGCACUGGCUACUAGGAGGCCAAAGCUGAAACCUACUUCUCCAUAUGUUGCACCCCAAGGAAGAGUGGAGGCGACCCAGAGACGGGGCCCGGACUCCACCUCAACUGCUUCACCGAAAGCCACGAGGACUAUGAAGGCUACCCGGAGGCCGAGGCUGAAAUCCACCACUCCUUCCUCCCUGACGACCCAGCAAACUGUGAUUGAUUUUCUUUCAGCAUUUGAUGAAAAGCAGCCUGUUUCUCCAAUAUAUGAAACAUCUACCAUCCAAGAAAUGCUGUCAUCUGUACCUGCUCUCCCAAGAUCAGACAUGGAUUCAACCUCUUUUCCUUCUCUGGAAACCACAAGAACUGUGAUGGCUACUAGGAGGCCAAAGCUGAAACCUACUUCUCCAUAUGUUGCACCCCAAGGAAGAGUGGAGGCGACCCAGAGACGGGGCCCGGACUCCACCUCAACUGCUUCACCGAAAGCCACGAGGACUAUGAAGGCUACCCGGAGGCCGAGGCUGAAAUCCACCACUCCUUCCUCCCUGACGACCCAGCAAACUGUGAUUGCUUUCUCUGAUAUUCAGCCUGUUUUUUCAAGCCCUAUGACACCUAGUAAGCCUGAAAUAGCAGAUACUGGACCAGCAACAAGUGAAUCCAUUCUGGAAUCUUUCACACCUAAAACUUCUCGUCCUUUUCAAUGGCCAAGGGUAACAUUAGCUCCUAAAGAAAUACCACUUAUUCCUUCUAAACUGAAACCGUCUGCUACCCCAGAAGUACAGCAUGCGGUAACUGCUCCAAAACCCCCACUUUCAGAACCUAAAACUUCUCAGACUGUUGAACAACAAAAAGCAACCUUAGCUCCCAAAGAAGCAAAACUCACACCUUCUGCAUCUAAACCUAGACCAUCUGCCAGACCCAAAAAGCCACAGACUGAACCUGUGGUGGAAUCUAUUACACUUAGAGUUGAACCACCAAGGUCAAUGAUAGCUCCAAAGGAGAUUCCUCAUAUUCCUUCUAAACCUAAACCUUCACCCAGACCUCAUAUUCCACAGGCUGAAGAUGUCCUGGAAUCUGUAACAUUUAGAACUGAUCAACCAAAACCAACAAUAGUUCCAAAAGAAUCACAUCGUAUUCCUUCCAGACCUAGGAUAUCACCAAGCUCAGAAGUGCCACAGACCAAGCCUGCUCUGGAACCAAUUACGUUUAGAACUGAAAAACCAAAGUCAACGUCAGUUCCUAGAGAGACACGUCAUGGGCCUGCCAAACCUAAAACAUCACCCAGUCCACGUAUUCCUCCAACCAGAGCAAGUCCAAAAGAAAGUCGACGAGUCACUUCCAAGCCCAGAACAUCACCGAGUCCAGAUCUACCACAUACAAAACCUGCUCCUAAAGAAACACAACAAACUUCCUUUAGACCUAAACCAGCUCCCAUUCCAGAUGCUUUACAACGCAAGCCUGGAAUCAUUCCAUCCUUCCGUGAACCAGAUACUACUAUGAUUCCUCAAAUGCCUGAAAGAAUAAAACCAACACUGGCUGCAACUGAAAAACAAUUCAUUCAUACCAAACCAAAAACAUCUGAAAAGCCAAGAGUGCCACACACCAGACCUGCAGUACAUCAAACAACCCCACAACCAAUUAUCACAAAAACUUCUACCACCACUGAGCAGUCAAGGGCAACAAUGGCUCCAAAAGAAACAAUGCUCAUUCCCUCCAAACCUAAAACAUCUGUUGAGACAGAAGUACCACAGACUAAACCUGCUCCAAAGACAACACACCUGGGAUCGAUUAACCUUAUAACAGUUCAUGUUGUUGAUGGGUCCAAAAUGACUUUGGUUCCCAACGAAACGUAUCAGAUUUCACCCAAACCCAAAACUGCUCUCACAACUGAAAUUCCAUGGUUGUAUACAGCAGGACACAAAACACGUCUCACUUCUUUAAGACCAAGGCCAUCUGAUAAAUCACCAGCCAGACCUGCUCUGAGUAAAACUACAGUAGCACCAGCUAGAACAAAAGCACCUGGAUUGCCAAAGUGGAUUGUGCCAACAACAGAUGACAUAUAUACACCUGAGGAUAUUGCCAGACAUAUUGGCAUGGGUGUAAAAAAACCUUUUGAAUAUAUUGACACUUGGGAGAAGCCAUUCUCUGUAACUACAUCACCUAGACCUCAGCAUCCUCCUAUACCUCCAGUCAAGCCUACACCAAUGCGAAGAAAGCCUCUGCCUCCAAACACUGUGACGGGUAAACCAGGCAUUCCAGCUAAACCAGCUGGACCAACAAUGCCUGUGAAGACAGGAGUGUCGUAUAAGACACCAACAGCUUUUGCAACUCCAGAGUAUUAUGUUGAUGCAACUGUCUUCAGUUCAAGCCCUACGUCAGAAACAGAUUCUUCAGGCAAACCAAGGUACCUAGCACCCCAUGUCAAGUAUAUGAAGAAAGAUGAUGAUGUGCCAUGCUCUAUCACAAGCUCUCUUGAACACUUCCCUCAAGAAGAGGCUGGCAUCAAAGAAGAACCUACUCGUCCUCCACAAAAUCCUCCAACCAACCUCACAGUCGUGACUGUCGAGGGCUGUCCAACAUUUGUCAUAUUGGACUGGGAAAAACCAGACAAUGAUACUGUUACUGAGUAUGAAGUUGUGUCAACUGAAAAUGGAGCAACUGAUGGUGAAAAGGAGAAGUCGAUUAUCACUACAAAUCAAACCCAUUCUACUGUGGAAAACCUAAAACCUGACACAAGUUAUGAAUUCCAUGUGAAACCUAGAAACCCCCUUGGUGAAGGUCCAAGUAGCAAUGUUGUGGCUUUCAGUACUGAAUCAGCGGACCCAAGAGUGAGCGAGCCUAUUUCAAUGGGAAAGGAUGCUAUCUGGACUGAAAUCCCAUUCAAUUCUGACACAUACUCAGAAUGCAAAGGGAAACAAUAUGUGAAAAGGACCUGGUAUAAGAAGUUUGUAGGUGUGCAGCUGUGUAAUUCUUUAAGAUACAAGAUAUACCUCAGCGAUUCACUUACAGGAAAAUUCUAUAACAUAGGAGACCAGAGGGGCCAUGGAGAAGAUCACUGCCAAUUUGUAGACUCCUUCUUAGAUGGAAGGACAGGACAGCAAGACAAUCUACCAGUCAAAGACGGAUUCUUCAGGGCAGUUCGUCAGGAACCUGUCAAGUUUGGAAAAAUAGGUGGGGAGACUCACAUCAACUACGUGCGCUGGUACGAGUGCGGAACAUCAAUUCCUGGGAAAUGGUAGAUGUGAUGGGGACCUGGCGAAGAGACCCAGCACCAAGCACCCUUGCGACUGCCCCAAGCAAGCUCAAAGAUGGGAAUGUAUGGUAUGCCUGUCACUUACACAAGUUUGCUGGCGUGUAAGGUUUAUGCAAGUCUAAUGCCAAUACUGCAUUAAUUGUGUAAUAGCGUAGGCUGCUUACUGUAGUUAUCCAGUUUUACAAAUUUGUCUUUAGAUUAAAAAGAACACAGGCUAGGGACACGGUGUAGGAUAAUGUAUAGGGAAGCUGGCUCCCUAUUCUUGAGGUAUGGUUUCUAAGGUAUUUUAAGAGAUACGGUGUGUAUAUUAUUUAUCACAAUGUUGUAAUAAAUGUUUAAGGCACAGUUAUGGUAAAAGUUGGUCAUGGAAUACAGUAUGUGUUAGUUUUGAAAUAUCCACUGGUCUUGUAAGUGCCAUAAGCUGUCUGCCCAGGUAAUUCUGCCACGUUUCCCCCAUUGUAAAUUAUAGAAAAGUCCCCAGAGGUUUUAAUAUCCUGCAACCAGGAAACUUGAAGUGCUUUCCCCUUACACGUACCAACAGCCCGUACUCCUGCCCAAACACCGAGUUUUAUUGUGUGUGGAUCUUUGAAUGAUAGGGUUCGUGUUUUUUUUCCCAUACUUGUUUUCAAAUGCAAGUUUCACCUCCAGCAAAACCUCCAAUAUGGUUGGCCCGUGGCUCUGGAGUUAGAAGUGCUGCCCCUUAGCGAGGCAGUGGUUUGUGUUCCUCUAAUGAAAGCAGGCAGGUACACGCGUAUGUGGAGAAGCAAUGAAACCGGUCUCCGUUGCUGUGGCGUUCCAUAAAGGGGUCAUUUUCAGAGAUUGAGUCAUAAUGGUUCGGAAAUGAGAUGUACGUACAUUGCAGGAGGGUUUGGGACAAUAAGUGAAAUGGGAAAAAGAAGCGGUCGUAAUGGCGUCAUCACUCAGGUCUGGUUUAUUAAGAAAGAAGGAAUGGUUUGGUUUAAAACAUUGCUCACUGGGGAAAAAGGGGAAAUAGUGAUAAGUGAACUUUUAAAACUGCUUUAUGGCAAUUGAAACCUCUCCUAAAGCUACUUGUUGUACUGCUUGAACAUUUAUGAACUAAAUAAAGAGAUGUAGGUUUUUUUUUUAAAAAAAAGGUGUUAUUCAUUACAUUACUAAUGUAUUGAAAAAUAUGAACGGGACACCCAGAUAUAUAUAUAGUAGAAAUAGUCAUUUAUAGAAAAUGCCUUAUAAAGUACAUUGCAGGUACACUGUACUCCUAAUAAAAUAUUUUUUAAUCAA